UGAUCUGUUUGAGCGUUGAAAUGGCCGUAGCACAAGCUGAAUUUGAGCAUCCAAGGAAGGCCUUCGGAUGGGCUGCUAGGGAUUCUUCUGGCCUUCUCUCUCGUUUCAACUUCUCUCGAAGGCAUAUAUAACAAUUCCUUCAUUAUUCAAUCUUUUGCAUCCUUAUUAUUCCCUUCUUCAUUUCAUCCUUAACUAACAUGAACUGUCUAUUUCGUUUUUUCAGAGAAACCGGAGAGAAAGAUGUCACUUUCAAAGUCCUUUACUGUGGAAUAUGCCAUUCCGACCUCCACAUGCUCAAGAAUGAAUGGGGCUUCUCCGUCUAUCCACUCGUACCUGGGCAUGAGAUUGUUGGGGUGGUGACGGAAGUUGGAAGCAAGGUGGAAAAGUUCAGAGUUGGAGACAGAGUCGGUGUGGGAUGUUUGGUUGGUUCGUGCAGAUCCUGUGGAAGUUGUUCUGAGGAUCUUGAGAAUCACUGUUCAGAGCAAAUUCUCACAUAUGGAGCCAAGUACGUGGAUGGGACUAUCACAUAUGGAGGUUACUCUGAUUUUAUGGUUGCAGAUGAGCAUUUUGUGGUUCGCAUUCCAGAUGCUUUGCAUCUUGAUUCUGCAGGUCCUCUGCUUUGUGCCGGGAUCACUGUGUAUAGCCCUUUGAGGUACUUUGGUCUGGACAAGCCUGGCCUUCAUGUGGGUGUGGUUGGUCUCGGUGGGCUCGGCCAUAUGGCCGUCAAGUUUGCCAAAGCCUUUGGAGCUAAGGUCACUGUCAUAAGCACUUCUCCUAACAAGAAGAAGGAAGCCAUUGAACAUCUUGGAGCUGAUUCCUUCAUUGUCAGCCGUGAGCAAGAUCAGAUGCAGGCUGCGUUGGGCACAUUUGAUGGCAUAAUAGACACAGUUUCUGCAGUGCAUGCUCUUUUGCCUUUGAUUGGUCUACUGAAGCCGAAUGGCAAACUGGUGUUGGUUGGUGCGCCUGAGAGGCCUCUGGAAUUGCCAGUAUUUCCUUUACUUUCGGGGAGGAAGACAGUGGCCGGAAGUGGAAUUGGAGGGAUGAAGGAGACGCAAGAGAUGGUAGAUUUUGCAGCCAAGCAUAACGUGAGACCAGACAUAGAAGUAAUUCCAAUGGAUUAUGUGAACACUACAAUGGAGCGACUCCUUAAAGCUGAUGUCAGGUAUCGUUUUGUGAUUGACAUUGGCAACACAGUGAUGAAGCCAACCUCAGAGAUUUGCAUCCACAUAUGCAUGAUUCGAGAUUUUGGGGAAGAAAAAUAG